AAUAAAGGGAAGGCAAUGGGUGCAUUGGGGAAUUGUUCUGUUGUUUUUCUUUUGUGCUUUUUUUCUUCUUUUGCUCUCGCAAUCGGUUUACACCAAGGCGUAGGGGACGAGGAUCAAGUGAUCGCCAUGGCUACUCUGGGAGGUGUUCGUGAUGUGGAGAAUAAUCAGAACAGCGUUGAGAUCGAGGAGCUUGCCCGCUUCGCUGUCCACGAGCACAACAAGAAGGAGAAUGCUCUGCUGGAGUUUGCUCGUGUGGUGAAGGCCAAGGAGCAGGUGGUAGCGGGAACUCUUUAUCAUCUCACUUUGGAGGCGAUAGAUGCCGGGAUUAAAAAGCUCUACGAGGCAAAGGUGUGCACGAAACCAUGGCUUAAUCAUAAGGAGCUGCAGGAAUUCAAGCAUACUGGGGAUGGAGAAUCGGCCAGCUUCACCUCGGCUGACCUUGGUGCCAAGCGAGGUGAUUGAAGACUUUGCUAAGUUCGAUUUACUGCUUAGACUGAGGAGAGGAUGGAAGGAGGAGAAAUACAAGGUGGAAGUUCACAAAAAUGUGGAAGGGAUUUUUAGUCUGAAGCUUUAGCUCCUUUGUCUUUGUUGUUGUUAGUAGCAGAUAGUUACUUAUGAGCUGUUUAGUAACUAAUCACAAACUUAAUGGUGGUGUUUUCUUUUUCUUAUUUGGAGUUUAAAUACUUGUUUCAUGCA